AUGAGGCCAUUCAGUUGUCUUGUGCUAUUCUUUUUCAUUUUUGCAGUUCACUGCCAAAUAGUGACAAGAGUCAUUCUCUUCAAAAACGCCAAUCAACCGGAUCGGACUGAAGAGCUCGUGAAAGCGUACCUCGCAAAGUUGCAAAGAGCCAUCGAUUCCAGAGAUCCAUUUGAAAUCGGUAGCUGUCUAAAGAACGGAAUGAUUUUUGCCGGCUGCAGAAACAAGUUUUUGGACAAUUUGGGUAUAAUCAAAGCACUCACGAGACUCCCCGUUGAAAACCAAGUUGAAAUCUCCAUUGAUCACUUUUGGACGGACGAAGAGGGAAUUUUGUUCAAUGUGAAAAUCACUGGAGUGAAAUCCAAGCCCAUGAAAGUUCAUAUGACUUUGACUAAAGAUGCGACACUGGCGAUGUUUGCUCUAGAACAUGACUGCGACCGUAAUUAAUUUGGUUGUUUUCUUGAAAACUUUACUGUGUUAUUUGAAAUAAAAAUACGAUUCUUACAA